CCGUUUUCUCAAACUAUCCUUAUGUUGUGGGGUUUCAAGUCUGGAAGCAGCCAGCUAAAUUAAUUACGAAAGACAUAUAUUCUCUCCGUAGAUUCUACGUUGUAGGUAGCCGCCAAAAGCAGCUCUCUCAGCAAUUCAGCCUACCUUCAGUCCAAAGCCAGCUUUUGAUGAUCGAACAUAUAUACGGUGUAAUUCGUUCAUUUUCCGAUCUGUACAUUAUCUGUAAGCUAGCUAGAGAUAUAGUAUUGUUCAUAUUUCCCCGCGAAACGCUGAUUCCGGCCAUCAAUGUCUUCCCCACCGGACGGCAGCUUCUCGACGCAGCUCAUAGACGGCAAUGGAGAGUUCAACGUCCAAGGACUGCAAGGUUUCAUGGACGCCAUUAAGUUCCAUCAGUGCGGCCUCUCCUAUGCCGUUGUGGCUAUUAUGGGUCCUCAGAGUAGUGGGAAAAGUACUUUACUGAAUCAUCUCUUCAGCACAAAAUUCAAAGAAAUGGAUGCUUAUAAAGGGAGGAAUCAAACAACGAAAGGCAUAUGGAUAGCAAAGGCGGGGGCGGUUACUGAGCCGUGCACCAUCGUCAUUGAUUUGGAAGGCACCGAUGGCAGGGAAAGGGGUGAGGAUGAUACAGUAUUUGAGAAGCAAAGUGCUUUAUUUGCUUUGGCAAUUGCAGAUGUUGUGCUAAUAAACAUCUGGAGUCACGAUAUUGGGAGGGAUCAGGCUGCCAACAGACCCCUCCUGAAAGCUGUAUUUCAGGUCAUGAUGCGCUUGUUUCGUCCUCGCAAAACUACCCUUCUGUUCAUUAUACGUGACAAAACAAAGACUCCAUUGAAGCAAUUGAGUUAUAUUUUGCAGAACGAUAUCCAAAAGAUAUGGAAUGGAGUUCCUAAGCCACAGGCUCACAAGCACACUCGACUGGAUGAAUUUUUCAAUGUAAAGGUCCAUGCCUUGUCAAGCUAUGAGGCGAAUGAAGAAAAGUUCAAAGAGGAGGUUCUUAAGCUUAGAGAGCACUUUUAUAAGUCUACUUCUCCAGGAGGUAUUGCUGGGGAUAGACAGGAAGUUGUAGCAGCUUCAGCAUUUUCAUAUAGUGCACAAAUGAUAUGGAAAGCUAUCAAAGAGAAUAAGGAUCUUGACCUGCCCGCUCACAAGGUCAUGGUUGCCACUGUGCGCUGUGAAGAAAUUGCCAAUGAGAAGCUCAGUCUCUUGACAAAGGAUAAGGAUUGGUUGGAGGUUGUAUGCUCAGUUCAGGAUCGUGCAAUUUCCAGAUUUGGUGAAAGACUAAGUCGGAUAAUAGAUACCUGUCUGUCUGAAUAUGAUGGCGAGACUAUAUAUUUUGAAGAAUCAGUAAAAAAUGCUAAACGCCGAGAUCUAGAGUUGAAAAUUUUGGAGAAGUUUCGGCCUGCUUAUAUUUUCCAACUAGACCAUUUAUGUGCUGCUGAAUGUGAAGCUUUUAAGGUAAAACUGGAACAGUCAUUGUGCAGAGGAGAAGGGUUUGCUUCUUCUGUCCGUCAACAUACGCAGUCAAGUGUGCUUCUUUUUGACACAAAAUGUUCAGAAGCUGCAAUAAAGCAAGCUAAGUGGGAUUCUUCAAAAUUCCGUGAAAAGCUUUGCCAUGAUAUUGCGACUCAUGCAUCUUCUGUUCGUAAUGAUAGAUUGUUAAAAUUAGAGUCUAGCUACAAGAAACAGCUUACAACAGCACUCGCGGGACCUGUGGAGUCACUGCUAGAUGCUGCCGACAGAGACGCAUGGGCUUGUAUCAGAGAUCUUCUGAAACGAGAGAUUGAUGUGGCACUAGCAAAUUUCUAUGCUGCGGCAUCGGGCUUUGAAUUGGACAAAGAGGUAUUGAAUAAAAUGGAGAAAAGUUUUAGGGACUAUGCGAGAAGUGUUGUGGAGACAAAGGCAAGACAGGAAGCUGGGAGGAUUUUAAUUCGCAUGAAGGAUAGGUUCAUGCAUGUAUUUGGCCAUGAUAUUGAUUCAAUUCCAAUGAUCUGGACUGGCAAGGAAAAUAUUAAAGCAAUCACGAAGAAGGCACAGUCUGCGUCCCUAAAUCUUUUAUCCAUUAUGGCGGCUAUACGCCUGGAUGACAAACCUGACAAAAUAGAGAGCAUACUAUUUUCUUCACUAUUGGAUGAAGCAUCCUCAAAUUCCAAGGAAAGAUCAAUUGGAGUUUCUGGUGACCCUCUUGCUUCAAGCAAAUGGGAAGAGGUUCCACCAGAUCACACACUUAUAACACCAUAUCAAUGUAAACAGUUGUGGGGACAGUUUAAGAUGGAAACAAAGUACACCAUUAGCCAAGCCUUAUCUGCGCAGGUAGCAUACAGGCAAAACAAUAAUUGCUUACCUCCCUCAUGGGCGAUUCUGGCAAUGAUUGUAUUGGGGUUCAAUGAAUUCAUGCUUCUGUUGAGGAGUCCUCUUUACUUGAUGGUUUUAUUCGUUGUAUUUUUACUUGGGAAAGCCAUGUGGGUACAGAUGGACAUUUCGAGAAAGUUUCAAAAUGGCACUCUCUCUGGACUUUUUUCGAGAUUUCUUCCCACGGUAAUGAGACUUUUAAGUGGCCUUGCUCAUGAAGCUCAGGGUCGUCCCUCUCCAGAACCAUCCAAGCCUCCUCAAAGCUAUAGAAAAUGAGCCGAGAAUCAAUCGUCGUAUAUGUUCACUCACAGACAGUGAUGUUCAUGCAAAAAUGGAGCAGAAAUUAUGUUGUAUGUUGUGCUUGUAUCGUUUUAGAGACCACAGUAUGGUACUACUAUACACAUUCAUACUUCAGCAUUUGCCACAUACUAAAACAUUGACUUCAUCUACAGCGAUAUACAAAUGUGUACAUUAUGCGGUCUCCACUAGCCUAACAGUUCCACAAACAUGUCUUUUCCGUUUAAACUGUUGAUGAACUCUCUUACAAUCUUUAGUUAAUUAAUUAAUAUUGGUCAUC